UUGCAUCCACUGGAAUUGCCAAAAACAUCAUUGCACCAUUAGAAGUUUUCCUGACUCGGAUUGACUCUUGAAGGAUAUUACCCAUAUAACAGCUACAUAUUUCAAUCAAAAUUAUUUGGCUGUAGGUUUUUUUUUUCAUCCGACCUGGGGGGUGUGUGAAUUCCUUCAGUUUCACACCUCUCCCGAGCCUGUUCUCCCAUAGACCGCGCUGCACCAUGGCGCUCAGCUGCGCGCAGUUCAGCGGCUUCGCGGUGAGCUGCAUCGGGUGGGUCGGCAUCAUUAUCGCGACGGCCACCAACGACUGGGUCGUGACCUGCAAGUACGGCAUGAACACCUGCAAGAAGAUGGACGAGCUUGGCGCCAAAGGCUUGUGGGCUGACUGCGUCAUCUCCACGGCGCUGUACCACUGCAUAGCUUUAAAUCAGAUCCUCACCUUGCCAGCCUACAUCCAGACGUCCCGCGCACUGAUGAUCACCGCCUCCAUCCUCGGGCUGCCCGCCAUGGCGCUGGUGUUGAUGGCCAUGCCGUGCAUCAACCUGGGCAAUGAACACGACAGCGCCAAGCACAGGCGCUCCGUGCUGGGAGGCGUUCUGCUCCUCAUAAUGGCGGUGUGCGGGAUCGUGUCGACGGUCUGGUUCCCCAUCGGCGUGCACCACGAGCAGGGGCUGAUGUCCUUCGGCUUCUCGCUCUACGCGGGCUGGGUCGGCUCCGCCCUCUGCCUCCUGGGGGGGUCGGUGAUCUGCUGCUGCUCCCCCGACCCCCCCGCCCAGUACGCAGAGAACCGCUUCUACUACUCCAAGCAAGGGGGCGGCAACCUCAGCCCCCCUGUCUCCGCCAACCACGCUAAGAGCGCCCACGUCUGA